AAUUUCUCAUCAUUUUAGAACAGAUCUGCACCGUGUAGAAAAAAUCAGGUAGUGUUAUCUACCAGUAUUUUCAGAUACUACAUUCCAUUUAACGAAUAUUUAAACACCGUAUUUUUUUUGCAUCGUCCUGAGUAGAUAAUAACGUUUAAAAUAUGGGCAUUCCUUCUUCUUUCGAUGCCGGGAAAAGCUUCUGGGUUUCGUGUCGUCGACUGGAUCUUAUCGUGCUCUUUUGCUUUUCUGUGGCCUUUGCACACGGGCAGGUCCGUUAUUCUAUUCCCGAGGAGAUGAACAAGGGAUCAGUGGUGGGAAAUAUCGUUCAGGAUCUCGGUUUGGAUGUAAAGAGACUGAAAUCUGGUCGAGCGCGGAUCUUUACGGAGGACAGUCGUGAGUACAUCGGUCUGAAUGUGGAUAAAGGCACUCUGCUAGUGAGAGAGAGGAUAGAUAGAGAGGAGCUGUGCGCUCAAGUGUCUCCAUGCUCUUUACAUUUUCAGAUCAUUCUAGAUAAUCCAAUGGAGUUACAUAGAAUUGAUGUGGAAAUAUUAGACAUCAAUGAUCACGCUCCGGUUUUUGCAAAAAAGGAAAUCAAUAUCGAUAUAGGAGAGCUAGCAAUGCCUGGUGCUCGAUUUUCUUUAGACAAUGCCCAUGACCCCGAUGUAGAUUUAAAUGCACUACAGACAUACACACUUAGUCCAACUGAUCAUUUUGCAUUAAAGGAAGUGAUUGGAAAUGAUGGGAUAAAAUAUGUCGAGAUGAUUUUAAAAGCACCUCUUGACAGAGAACAACAAGAGAUACAUCGUUUAAUUUUAACAGCGUUCGAUGGAGGCAGCCCUCCGAAGUCUGGGACGGUCCAAAUCACUGUAUCUGUUAUGGAUGUAAACGACAAUGCUCCAGUAUUCAAUCAGCCUUUGUACAGAGCAUCUUUGUCAGAAAAUUCACCGAAGGGCACGUUUGUUGCAAGGGUGCAUGCGUCCGAUAGAGACAAAGGAACAAAUGGUGAUGUGGUCUAUUCGUUUUCCUCUAGUACUGGAAAAGCACUAGACUUAUUCAGUAUUGAUGCUAACACGGGUGAUAUCACUGUCAACGAUGACCUAGAUUACGAGAAGACAAAACAAUUUCAAUUAACUGUAGAAGCAACAGAUAAAGGUGGCUUAAAGGACUCAUGCAAAGUGGCUAUUGAAUUGAUCGAUGUUAAUGACAAUGUUCCUGUUAUCAGCGUAAUUUCUUUCUCUAAUCCAGUCGCGGAAGACUCCCCUCCGGAGACAGUGAUAGCAAUGCUGAACGUGAAAGACGCAGAUUCGGGCAAAAACGGACAAGUGAAAUGUUCAGUUACUGGACAUAUGCCUUUUAAAAUUAAACCAUCGACCUUAAAUUUUUACAGUUUAGUAACGGAACAGGUUUUAGAUAGAGAAACGACACAUGCAUAUAAUAUAACGAUCACAGCUACAGAUGAAGGAUCUCCAUCUUUAUCUGCUAGUAAAACCCUGAGGCUUAAAAUAUCUGAUGUGAACGACAACGCCCCUGUUUUCCAGCGUCACUCAUACACCGCUUAUGUGAUGGAAAAUAAUUCACCUGGAGUGUCUAUAUUUGCAGUGACAGCAACUGACAGAGACUCUGGCAAUAAUGCGCGCGUUUCUUAUUUUUUAGAAGAUCUUUCUGUGAACGGACUUUCUGCUUCGUCUUAUAUUUCAGUUAACGCAGAGAGCGGAGAGAUUGUUGCUAUUCGAUCUUUUGACUUCGAGCAAAGCAAAGAGUUCAAUAUUCGCGUAAAAGCGCAGGAUGGAGGCAACCCGCCUCUCAGUAGCAACGUGAGUGUGAAAAUCAGUAUUCAGGACCAGAAUGACAACGCGCCUCAGAUCCUGUAUCCAGUACAAACUGGUGGCUCUGUGGUGGCUGAAAUGGUGCCUCGUUCAGCAGAAGUGGGCUAUCUUGUGACUAAAGUGGUGGCUGUGGAUGUGGACUCUGGCCAGAAUGCCUGGCUCUCAUAUAAACUGCACAAAGCGACAGACAGGGCGCUGUUUGAAGUGGGCUUACAGAAUGGAGAAAUAAGAACUGUGCGCCAAGUCACUGAUAAAGAUGCUGUGAAACAGAAGCUCACUGUUGUAGUGGAGGACAACGGACAGCCCUCUCGUUCAGCUACAGUCAAUGUUAACGUGGCGGUGGCGGACACUUUCCCUGAAGUGCUCUCCGAGUUCACUGACUUUACGCACGACAAGGAAUACAACGACAACCUGACAUUUUAUCUCGUCCUGGCCUUAGCUGUAGUUUCUUUUCUCUUCAUCGUGUCCAUCAUAGCUAUACUGUCAGUCAAAUGCUACAGAUGGAGACGUGAGCGGAUAUUUUACAAAUCCGGUGCCAAUCUUCCAGUGAUUCCGUAUUAUCCACCCCUUUACGCAGACGUAGGAGGAACAGGAACUUUACAGCAUAUGUACAAUUAUGAAGCUUACAGAACGACUGACUCUAGAAAGAGUGAUCUGAAAUACGCCAGACCUCCUACUGAGAGCAUCAUUAGUCUGGACGCUAGUGGAACACAGACUCUUACGCAUGCGCAGAAGAUGAAAUCUUGUGAAGACUCUGAUCAGGUGAGAGCUACUCCUGAAAUAACUUUACGCCUGACCUUUUUCUCACUGUUUACUUGGUUUAACAUUUUAUACUCCAGUGGUACAAUCACAUUACUUUUACUGUUGUCUAAACAUUCUCCACUUAUUACGAGAAAUUAUUAUAUUCCAGGCCAUGUGCUGUCUUUAUGUACGGCGAUUUAACUAAUACCCAUUCCA